ACUAAUUUUGUUGACGUUUCCCCUCCAGGUCUUAUAGAACUCAAUGAUUCCCCGUGGUUGAAAUGCCAGAAAAUGGAUGCGACACAUAUAUCUAAUGAAACACCAAUUGUGAAUAUAGAGGACAUAAUCUCGGCCGCAGAAGCAAAAGAUGAACAGAAAUUUAAAUCAACAGAAGUAAAUAAAUUGAUCGAACCUCAAUUUGAUGUUAGAAACCUUUUAUUAACUGACAUAAAUAUUGUGGAAAAAAGUAGCUUCAAAAAGAAGAAAGAUGAAAUUCUACGUGACAAUGCUUGUGACAACACGCAAUUUCUUUUGAAUUGCAUCUGGAAGCUGCCAGUUGAAAAGUGUGACAAUGUUGUUUUGUUACAGUUAACUGAGAAGUCAGAAUCUGGAAAAGAUGAAAGAAAGAAUAAGACUGAAGCAAAGAAUGCUGAAACUAUGCAAAAGGAUGAUGAUGAUGAAAUGGAUAUGGGCAGUGAUGAAGAAGACCAGAAAAAACAGGAAGAAGAAUCAGGAGAUAAAGUUGAGAAAAUGUCAAAAAAGAAAUUGAAAUUGAAAAACAGAAUGAGUGUUGCUGAAUUAAAACAGACAAUCCAUCGCCCGGACGUUGUUGAAAUGCAUGACGUCACAGCACCUGAUCCAAAGUUACUUGUUUUUCUUAAGGCAUGUCGAAAUACAGUUCCUGUCCCACGUCAUUGGUGUUUCAAAAGAAAAUUUCUACAGGGGAAACGUGGUAUCAUUAAACCACCAUUUCAACUUCCUGAUUUCAUACAGAAAACGGGAAUAAUGGAGAUGAGAGAGGCUUUGCAAGAGAAAGAAGAUGCAAAAAACAUGAAAGCCAAAAUGCGAGAAAAGAUUCGACCUAAAAUGGGGAAGAUUGAUAUUGAUUAUCAAAAACUUCACGAUGCAUUUUUCAAAUGGCAAACAAAACCAAAAAUGACAAUUCAUGGCGAUCUGUACUACGAGGGCAAAGAGUUCGAGACGAAAUUAAAGCAAAAGAAACCUGGUGAUCUAUCAGAAGAAUUAAGAACAGCUUUAGGCAUGCCUACUCGUCAGGGGAGCAAUCUCGUACCACCACCUUGGUUAAUUGCCAUGCAACGUUAUGGUCCACCACCAUCCUAUCCUAACCUCAAAAUACCAGGACUCAACGCACUAAUCCCUGAGGGAGCGUCAUUUGGCUACCACGCUGGAGGCUGGGGCAAGCCUCCUGUUGACGAACAUGGACGUCCCUUAUAUGGUGACGUCUUCGGUGUACAGCAAACAGACAUAAACAUUGUUCAUGAUGAACAGGUAAACUCUAAUCUUUGGGGAGAACUUGAGUCUGAGUCGGAAGAAUCCGAGGAAUCUGAGGAGGAAUCUGAAGAGGAAGCUCCGGAUCAAUCUGGUCUUGUUACUCCUGCUGAAACGGGUCUUAUCACGCCCAGCGGUUUGACAUCAAUACCAGCUGGAAUGGAGACUUCGGAUAUGAUAGAGUUACGUAAAAGGAAGAAUAUCGAAGAUGCUAUGGAGAGUGGCAAUGAACAGCAGACAUUGUACACAGUGUUACCAGAGAAGAGAGCUGGUGUUGGUGUAAUGAUGAUUGGAACAUCACAUGUUUAUGAUCUAGCGACGGCUGCUGCAGCUCCAUCUGGCACCAAGCGGUCGGGAGGUUUGUCUGAAGGCGUUGAGGUGGCAUUGGACCCGAGCGAACUGGAGCUUGAUCCAGCCGCAAUGCAAGCCAGAUAUGAUGAAACGUUACGAGAACAACAAAAUAUCCAGAAAGAAGAUUUUAGUGACAUGGUUGCUGAACAUGCUGCCAGACAGCAGAAGAAACGCAAGAAAACUACUGAUAGCGGGAAAUCUGCCAAAAAGUACAAGGAGUUCAAAUUCUGACACUUAAUUUGCAGUAUCCAGUGUUGCAAGAUAUGUUUCUCCCCUUAUUUUAUGAUUUUUGUGGAGUUUAAGACAUAUUACACGAUAUAUGUCUGUAGAGUGUGUCAUAUUACCGUAUGGUCAAUGGUAUAGCGUCUGAUUCGAUCAUGUAAUAUGGUUUAUUGACAUUUCACUGUCAGUACGGUUUACCUUCGAAUCUUUCAUGAACCUUUCAUAAUCAUCAUCCAGAUUGCUGUAGCAGUCAUCGUAUGACAGCGAAUGAAAAUAUCAGAGAAAGUCCUAUGGCGAAAAUUUUGAGUUUUGUAGAUUAUUUAAAAUUAAAUUUAAUUUGCUUA